AUGGUCUUUUAUGAGUUCUCCUUCCAGGAAAAUGGCUGGGGGGCAUUCCUUGCUGAGAGACUGGUCAGAAAAUGUGACGUUGUGAACCGGGGGCUCUCGGGCUACAACACCAGAUGGGCUAAACUGAUCCUUCCAAGGCUGGUCGGUAAAAGUACUGGUACUGAGAGUACUGUUGCAGUUACGAUUUUCUUUGGAGCCAAUGACAGUGCUUUGAAAGAUCUGAACCCUAAGCAACACGUUCCUUUGGAGGAAUAUGCUGCGAACCUAAAGAGCAUGAUACAGUACCUGAAGUCCGUAGACAUUACUGAAGACAGGAUUAUUUUGAUAACGCCACCGCCUCUUCAGGAAUCAGCUUGGGAAAAGGAGUGUCUUGCCAAAGGUGACAAAUUAAAUCGCAACAACGCCACCACUGGGCAAUAUGCCCAGGCCUGUGUUCAGGUAGCCAGGGACUGCGGAACGGAUGUACUCGACCUCUGGACACUGAUGCAAAAAAAUCAGGAUUUCUCUUCCUACUUGUCUGAUGGUCUUCAUUUAUCAGCAAAAGGCAACAGCUUUCUAGCAGCACAACUGUGGUCACGCCUGGAAAAAAAACUGUCUGCUCUUCCUUCCCUGCUCCCGUACUGGCGCGACGUGGACCACACGAACCCUGAGGCCAGUCUUCUGCGAGAUCCCCUGCAGUGAGGAGCUGACACAGCCUGUCAGUGUGCAAACAGCCACUAUCCAGCA